GGGCUAAUGCGCCUGCGCGUUUGCAGGCCUCGGGACGGCUCUGACUAGCGCAGCGGUCGGUGGUGGCGGGAUGUGGUACGAGAUUCUGCCCGGCGCGGCCCUCAUGGGCCUGUGCCUGACCAUCCCCGGCGUGUCCCUCAUCCACAUCCACAGAUACCUCAACGGAGGCAAGGAAAAGAGAGUCGCUCGCCAACCCUACCAGUGGUACCUGAUGGAAAGAGACAGGCGACUGUCGGGGGUUAAUGAAUAUUAUCGGUCCAAGGGACUGGAGAACAUUGACUAAGAAGCAACUCGUUGAGUGAAGAGUCCUAGUUCUUGUACAAAGCAAUUUAGCUCUAGUAAACAUGCAUGUAUAUUUGAUGCAAUGUGUUAUACGUUGCACAUAAACCUGGAAAAUAAAGUAGGUUUCUGCA